AUGCACAGACAAUUCCAGCAUACAGCACAUAAUAGGAGAUCCUCCAUAGUCUACUCCAGUAGCGUGGGGAAAGCUGGAUUAUUCAGUCCUACAGAUUACAUAUCAGGUCAAAAUGGACUGGAGGGGGACGAUGAAGCCAUUGAAGGCGGUCAGGAUGAUGGAUUGAGCGAUCAUGCACUCUACCCGUCGUCACUAUUGGAUGCAAACAACUCUAGGACUCUACAAAGGGAAUCCCGGAAGAGCAAUAGAAGAUCUUUGCCAGGGAGCCUCAUAGAAGAGGAAAGAGAUCUCCUCAUAGAUAAUAAGUUAUUAAACAAUAGAAGAAGCUCCAAUGCCCAUUAUGGGUCUACAGAGAACGAAGAGUCAGAUGUAAUAGAUACAUGGGAAAAUGCUAUAAAGGAUGGUAAAAAUAUAAGAACCACUAUUAAAAGAGAAUCUCAAGUCAUUGGAACAAAUGCUAUGCCACUAGUGGUAACUUUCCUCUUACAAGACUCUUUAACCCUGGCAUCAAUCUUCUCAGUAUCACAGCUUGGUACGAAGGAAUUGGGUGGUGUUACGCUGGGAUCUAUGACGGCAAAUAUUACUGGGUUGGCUGCAAUCCAGGGGUUGUGUACUUGUUUGGAUACACUUUGUGCACAAGCUUACGGGGCCAAAAAUUACCACAUGGUAGGCGUUUUCGUACAGAGAUGUGCAAUUAUCACUUUGCUAGCUUUUUUACCCGUCAUGAUAAUUUGGUGUUUUUGGGCGGAAACAAUUUUGGCAUGGAUGAUUCCACAGAAAGAAUUGUGCCAUUUAGCGGCUCAAUAUCUAGGCAUACUGUCAAUCGGUAUACCUGGUUUCAUUCUGUUCGAGUGCGGUAAAAGAUUUUUACAGUGUCAAGGAAUUUUCCAUGCUUCUACGAUGGUUCUAUUCAUAUGUGCACCGCUAAAUGCGUUCAUGAAUUAUAUUUUAGUUUGGAAUGAGAGAAUUGGAAUUGGUUAUUUAGGGGCACCGUUGUCGGUUUCCAUUAAUUGCUGGUUAAUGGCACUAGGACUUUUACUAUACACCAUCUUUACCAAGGAAGAAGUUAGACCACUCAAAUGCUGGAAUGGAAUAAUCAAACCAAACCAAAUUUUCAAAAAUUGGAAGAAAAUGCUAAAUCUGGCGUUACCGGGUAUUCUUAUGGUGGAGACAGAAUUUCUAGGAUUUGAAAUUUUAACCAUUUUUGCAUCUUAUUUGGGCUCUGCAGCAUUAGGAGCACAAUCAAUUGUAUCUACGAUUGCAUCAUUGGCGUACCAGAUACCGUUCGCCAUUUCUGUUACCACUAGUACUCGUGUAGCCAAUUUUAUCGGUGCAUCCUUGUGGGAAAGUUGCAUAAUUACUUGUCAAACGUCAUUAUUAUUGUCAUUUGUCUCCUCUUCCACCAACAUGCUGAUUAUUCUUGUAUUUAGAAAUCAACUCGCAGCAAUGUUUUCCAAGGAACAGGAUGUUAAAGAUUUGGUCGUUGCCACUUUACCUAUACUGGCCUUUAUGCAAUUAUUUGAUGCUUUUAAUGCGUCAACUGCUGGCUGUUUGAGGGGGCAAGGUCGGCAAAAGAUCGGAGGAUAUAUCAACAUGUUUGCAUUUUAUGCCAUUGGUGUUCCCCUGGCUUAUUUCUUAACUUUCUCCAGAAACAUGGGUGUCGGUGGUCUGUGGAUCGGUAUCACCAUGGCACUUGUCACUAUGAGCGUUUGUCAAGGUGGUGCAGUCUUCAACUGCAAUUGGGACGAUAUUAUUAACGCCGCCAAAUCUCGUAAUACUGAAGGUGACGAACAAGAAUAA